AUGGCUUCCCGACGGAGUACGCGCUACGACCGGGAACUGAGUCGCUCAACAAUGAGCAGCAGCAUUCGCUCGGGCGCUGGCAGCCGGACCGCCAUGGUGAGACACCCUGCAACACGGUCGUCUAGCUUGCGACAGCCGUCGUCGCUGGUCGCUGCUAGAGCAGUUCCUGACCGUGCUGGAUCCGCGUCUCCGGCGGAUUCCGUCUCGACAGCCACCACGGGCAUGAAGCGCAAAGACCGGGACUACGAAUCCGAGGCUGGUGGCAUAGCCGGAGUCGGCAGCGGCAGCGGCGGCGGCGGCGAGGAAACAAACAUCAAUGUGGUCGUGAGAUGUCGAGGGCGGAAUCAACGCGAAAUCAAAGAGAACAGUGCCGUGGUUGUGCAGGCGGAUGGCGUCAAAGGCAAUACAGUUAGCCUGUCUCUUGGACCCAAUUCGCUGAGCAACAAGUCUUAUGUCUUUGAUCGCGUCUAUUCACAAGCGGCAGACCAAAGCAUGGUGUUUGACGAUACAGUGAGGCCAAUUCUGGAUCAAAUGCUCGCUGGGUACAACUGCACCAUUUUCGCCUACGGCCAGACCGGAACCGGCAAAACAUACACAAUGUCGGGAGACAUGACAGAGGCCCUGGGCAUACUUUCUGACGAGGCCGGCAUCAUCCCGCGCGUGUUGCACCAGCUCUUCAACAAGCUCGAAAUCGACGACCGGGAGCACUGUGUCAAGUGCUCCUUUAUAGAACUCUACAACGAAGAGCUUCGUGACCUGCUGUCCUUUGACGAGGGAGCCAAGCUCAAGAUUUAUGACGACGCGUCGAAAAAGGGACACGCCGCUACAGUCGUGCAGGGCAUGGAAGAGAAGCACAUCAGGAACGCUUCCGAGGGUAUCAAGGUGCUUCAGGAUGGCAGCCUGAGGCGCCAGGUGGCAGCGACCAAGUGCAACGAUCUGAGCUCCCGAAGCCAUACCGUCUUCACCAUCACGGCCUACGUCAAGAAGACCAACGACCAGGGCUUGGACGACUUCAUCAGUGCCGGCAAGCUCAACCUGGUGGAUUUGGCGGGAAGCGAGAACAUUCAACGGUCCGGGGCGGAGAACAAGCGAGCCACCGAAGCUGGGCUCAUCAACAAGUCGCUGCUCACGCUGGGUCGUGUUAUUAACGCGCUGGUGGAUCGGAGCGGCCAUGUCCCUUACAGAGAGUCCAAGCUGACCCGGCUGCUGCAAGACUCGCUGGGGGGUCGGACCAAGACUUGCAUAAUCGCCACAAUCUCUCCCGCCAAAGCCAACCUCGAGGAGACCAUUUCGACGCUAGACUAUGCUUUCCGCGCCAAGAAUAUCAGAAACAAGCCGCAGGUGAACCCGAUGCUGAACAAGAAGAUGCUCCUAAACGACUUUGCCAACGAGAUUGAAAAGCUCAAGAGCGAGCUCAUCUCGACGAGACAGCGCAACGGCGUAUACCUGUCCAACGACGCCUACGAGGAGCUGACCGCGCAGAGCGAGUCCCGCCGCAUCGUGCUGGAGGAGCAGGUCGCCAAGAUUGAAACGCUCGAGACCAACUUGAGAAACAAGGGGCAGGAGCUGUUCAACCUGACCACCUCGUUCAUGGGACUGAAGAAGGAUCACGACGGCACCAAGGCGCAGCUGGACGACACCAAGGGCGUGCUCGACCAGAUAGAGAUUGUGCUGAGCGCCACGCGAAGGACUCUUGCUGAAGAGACCCAGCUGAGAAAGGCGCACGAGCAAACCGAGGAGAAGCUGACCGAGAUUGGCGGCGAGCUCAUCAGCAAGCUGCACAAGACGGCGCACGACGUAUCCGGCCUCCGCGCCAAGAAUAAGCGAAAGUCGGAUCUGCAGUCCCUGAACCGGGCGGCGUGGGGGCUGUCGCAGGCGCAGGUGGCCGACGUCACCUCCAUGGUCGAGCGGCGCGUCCAGGAGUUCCGGGAAGAGCAGCAGGGGCACAUCUCGAGCAUGACGCAGCGCAUGAACCUGUUUGUAGAGGAGGAGCUGCAGAAGCUUUCGUCCACGCAGGACUUUCUGGAGGGACACGUCAACGCUUUUGCGGAAUCGAAAAGGGAGCUGCUGGCGCAGAAGCGACAGUCCAAGGACGACAUGGACGAGCUGCUGGACGAGAUUAGGACAAUCCGCGACACGGUCAAGGAAAAGGUCGGAGAGAGGCUGCACGUCAUGUCACGGGCGACCGAGAAGAUUUCGGGCGACAUGUUGCAGGAAAUGACCAACUUUCACACCGAGCUCCACAGCUCAUAUAGCUCCCUCGGCAAAGACUUCAAGCUCAUCUUUGAGGACCUCGUCAAACACAUUACCGAGCAGCGCAGCGAGGCCGACGGGUUGCGGCGGCAGCUGCAGAGCGCCGUCAACGCGAUUGCGCUGCAGAACAGCAGCUUGUCCGCGCGUGUCCAGGAAGCCUUGGAAGAAGAGCGCCGCCAAGCCGCCGAAGACCGCCAGAGGCUGCUGACACAGGUGACUUGCUUGAUCAGUUCCCAGGCCGAGGCGCAAGAGGCUCGCCUGGGAGAUGGCGCGGCACUGAUCCAGAGCAGCAUCGGCGACUCUAGCGCGUGCAUGGAAUCCGCCAUGUCGCAGUACACCCUGGGAAUGGAGGUCUGGGAUCAAAAGGAGAGCCAGCUGAUGGACGACGUCAAGAAGUCCCGCGAGCAGCUCAAGAACAAGCUAAAGGACGAUUGGACGGCGGCGAGCGACCAGAGCACGGCCAUCCAAAACGUGGCCAAGUCCAUCCACGCGGAAACGGCGCGCGUCGCCGACGACCAGACGGACGAGCUGGAUUCGCAAAUGGAGGCUCUGGAUGAUUUUGUCAGACGAGCCAAGUCGGAAAACGCCAGCCACCACGACGCCCACGGCCAGUCUCUGCAAGCGCUGUGCAAGUCGGCGGAGCAGACGUUUGGCAACCUGUCUGCUCACUUCAAGACGUCGUCCGAGAGGGUCAAGAACCUCGGCGAGGGCAUGGAGCUGGACACCAACGACUUGCGCGAUGGCCUGAAGCCUCUUGAAUCGCAGCUCUGCCAGCCCCUGGCCAACCUACGAGAAGAUAUCACGGCGACAUCACUGCAGGAAUAUCAGCCCACCGGCGACACUCCCCAGAAGACGACAUACCAGUACCCGCUCAAGCUCCCCCGCACCCAACCGGCCGAGGGUCUCGUCCCCAAGCCGGGCGACGAUACCACGUCCCUAGGGGUCGAGGACGACGGAUCCGUUGACGCGUACACUGUUUUGCUCCCCGAGUUCAGGCCAAAGAGCUCGCCAAUCGCCAGCCUAAGCCUCCGGGAGGUGAACCCCAACGUCGCGACCAGUCUGACAAUGACGACGGGUGGUGCGUCGAGUUUCGAUCCACGGGCCAGCGCCACGUCCCUGCCGAUAGAAUACACCGCGCCUGGUUUUGACAAGCCGACAUGUCGGAUGAAGGGGGCCGCGAAGCAGUCUGUGCUGCUGGAAGGCAGAGAAAACAUGCCCCCAACGACCUUUGAGCAGAGUCUGUCUAGGAGGAAGAGUCCGCGACUGAAAUAA